AUGCCUAGGAAAGAAGUUGAAAGUAAUUUUGCACUGCGCACAUGCCACAUUUGGUGUUUUUUUGUACAAAUAUUCGUCAUAUUUGUGCAGAACAGUUACUGUCAGCCGGAACAAUGCACGAGCCAGCACGUGCUUUCGUCACUCGGUGACCACGGAGACCGGUUGUACUCGCUUGAGAACUUGGUGCAGAAUCUGACGAAUGGACUGACCAGCCUUCAAAAUGAUGUCAACAGUCUUAACUUUGAGAAUGCGCAGUUAAAAGAUAAGUUAAAGAAAUUUGAGCAGUCGUGUCACCUGACAUGUGAUGGAGGAAAUAUUUCCCAGAGUCGACAGAGCACAGAUUCAACUGCAACCCAACCCUCCAACAUUCACACAAAUAAAUCAACGUUUGUAACAUCACUAACAACAGCUAAAUCAUCAAACAACACCAACGUUGUUACACCUACAACCGUGACACCUGAUUCAACAAUAACCACAACACCACGAACAACCAAUGUUCUUGUGAACACAACUGUCGUAACCCUGAAUUCAUCUCACACUGAUACAUCAACAACCUCUGUCCCCUUAACAGCGACUGUCGCAACAUCAUUAACUAUAUUGUCUACAUCAGCCACUACAACAACUACAACAGCCACCCCGACAACAACGGACGCUACAACACCCACCCAGACAACAACGGACGCUACAACACCCACCCCGACAACAACGGACGCUACAACACCCACCCAGACAACAACGGACGCUACAACACCCACCCCGACAACAACGGACGCUACAACACCCACCCCGACAACAGCGGACGCAGUAUACGAAGACUGUGACGAAGUACUAAUGUCUGCUGGUCUAACCUCCGGGAGCAAUGGAACGGUCGCCAAGAUAAGACUUGGAAGAAACUCGAUCGACGCUCUCUGCAAAAAGGAAGACGGACGAUCGUGGCUUGUUAUUCAGAAACGUGUUGACGGAUCCGUGGAUUUCGAUAGAACUUGGCAGGACUAUAAGAAUGGCUUCGGGGAUAUAGCCCUACAAGGGAACUUCUGGCUAGGGAACGAGAAGAUCUACGAGCUAACGUCGACAGAGGACUACAUGCUGCGUAUCUCCAUGUGGGACUGGGGAGGGAACAGCAAGUUCGCCGAAUACGAACACUUUGGUCUUCUGGAUGAGGCCAACCUGUACUCCCUGAGUGUGGCAAGUUACAGCGGAAAUGCAGGCGACUCGUUCCAUUAUCCGGACUCGUACCAGCUACAACACCACAUGAUGGCGUUUUCGACAUCAGACAGGGACCACGACCACAGCCCUCUCAACUGUGCCCAGAAGUUGAAAGGAGGAUGGUGGUUUAACGGCUGUUACAGUUCCAACCUCAAUGGUCCUUACCUGCCCAAUGCCUACGGACAGCGGAUGAUGGGCGAGUCGUUCGGAGUACCGACGUUGGACGGUACCGGUAUCGAAUGGUACCCCUAUCGACACAGGCAGUACUCCAUGAAGGCAGUUGAAAUGAAAAUAGCCAAAUCUUCACACUCCUCCAUUCUCGGAUAAGAGUAAAUAAAGUUCGGAAAUAG